AACCAGGUCCGGCAAGUGUUUCCAAGACCAAGGUUGUGCAGUAUGCAAGGCAAACACCUGCGUUACCACUCACCCACGAUGCGGGACACGGCGGGCACUACUCCACUGCCGUCCCCGUCCCCGUCGCAACCCUUUGGCGUCGGCUCAUGUACUGCGGGGUAGCUACUGGAUGCCCGGGGCACUGAGUGUCGUCGACGUCCUCGGGCUACCCAAGCUAGCGGCCCUCCUGUCGGGUUUCCAGCGUUGGCUUGAUGCUGCUCACUUGCGUAGGCAGAGGCACGAGCCCAUCCACGAUGUGCGGGAGAGAGAUCUGGUGGUACCCGCUGGAAGGAAAGAGCCUGGUGACCGAGGGUAACCGUCCACUGGGGCAGGGGUUUCCCACUGCGACGGGAACCUACAGUGUAUUUACACGUGUACGGUACAUACCAGAUCGCUUUAUCUCGAUUUCUACGGACACGCCCCUCGCCCCUCUCGGCUUUUCCUCGAUGGAUGGCUUCCAGAUCGGGGCAUACGAUUGUCGAUCGCGGGAUCCUGCCCGGGAGGGGCGAGAUCUCGGAAAGCGGGACGAGCCUAUCGUGAGCAACUUGCACGUGAGAGUUGGGGGCGCUUCAUUGAAGUUUCGCCGUGACGCUCACCGUCUAUUGAGCGGUUUAGGAGACAGGCACGCCUUUUGUGGGAUGAGUUGCGUAUCUAGAGACAUUAAAAUUGUGGACUACAGCGCAGCGCUUCCAGGACUGGAUACUACAGAUCAAUCAAUCAUGUGCAUACACGAUACGCCUCAAAUUUACCCAGGAGGGCUGACAACUGGUGUGCCACAUGCUCAGCCAAAUCUUGACCAUCCACUCGGUAACAUCGAGGAGAGCAUUCAAUGGCCUGCGACAGAUCACAAAAGACACAGACUGAGCGGCUUGGAGUCAGAUCGGGAAGGUGUGCUCCUACGUCCCAGAACAUAGCGUAGGAUUUCAUACCGUUUGACGACGUGGAUGUUCUCUGGGGUUCUGUUUGCGUGGCCUGCAUGGCACACAGUGAUGGAAGCAUAAGUAACCAUCUCAAGAAUGGAACAGGGAGGUGUGAUCGGAAAGACGGGGACACUGCAGCAUGGCAGCUUCCCGGGUGCCUGGUGCGUGUCAUACGCGGGCACGACAGAUAUGGCGCAAACACAAGAGCAUCGUGAAGCGAUGGGAAAUGGACAUGGACACUCUAGUUAUCAUGGAGGGUGCGGAUAAUUUGUUUGGCUUGCGCUUCUUAUUUUUAUCACGGCGAGAAUAGCCGGAGAGAUAUCUUACAGUACAGAAGAAGAAGAAACCGAAGAGA